UUACGGCAUCCAGCACGCACCCAUUCUGUUUGUACGGACUGCCUCUGCAGUCAGCACAACCGAACAAAUUAAAUUAAUUAACAAUUAAAUAAAAAGAAGCCAAAACGCUUAGGGAUUCAUGGUACUUUUCCUUUAUUUUAUUUUUUUUGUUGAAGUCAAUUAGACGGACGCUAUACGAUACGGGUCGCGAACCAACAGACCAGGAGGAGCAGGAAUACAGAAGACUGGAACAACGCCAGCGGCGCGCGGCCAGGGAUUCCGCCUCUCGAUCUCCCUCUCCGUCGGGAGCUUAGUUAGGGGUUAAAUCUUGUACCAUCAAAACGAAGAAGAUUCUUGCGCCGUGAUAUUGUCCAUAUGCACAAGUAACACCAGAAAUUUUCCUCCUCCUUUCCAACAGUACGGAAUGUUCAUUUAAAUCUCGAAACUGUAAGCUAUAUACAGAACUUAGGCAUUACUGUGUACAGAAUACGAUCACAGGAUUCUUGAUAUUGUGUUUUGGUAAUAAGGUUCCCCUGAGUCUUCUCGAAGUUUGCACUUUGCUUGAUAUUCCACUGGAGGCGCUGCCGAUGGGCUGUCUGCAAACAAAGCACGCCAGUCGAUCCCCGCACUUGCUGGAUACACGGGAAGCGGUGGCCCUUGCUGCUGAAACAUCUUGUGAGAAAGUGGAUCUUCCAGAUUUUGUUAAUAUUGCUACUGGAACACUGCUUACAGUGAGUGAAGUUGAAGCACUACAUGAGCUCUUCCGAAAAAUAAGUAAUUCAAUUAUCGAAGAUAAUCUAAUUCACAAGGAAGAAUUCCACCUUGCUCUCUUUAGGAGCAAGAAGAAGCAAAAUCUCUUUGUUGAUAGGGUAUUUGACUUGUUUGAUCAAAAACGAAAUGGUGUAAUUGAAUUUGGCGAAUUUGUUCGAUCUCUUAGUGUGUUUCAUCCAGAUGCACCAGAAGAACAAAAGGUUGCAUUUGCAUUUAAGUUGUAUGACUUAAGACAGACAGGCUUUAUAGAACGGCAUGAGUUAAAGGAGAUGGUGUUGGCUCUGCUGGAUGAAUCAGAUUUGGAUAUUGCGAGCGAUGCUGUCGAGAUGAUUGUUGAUAGGACAUUUGAUCAGGCUGACACAAAAGGUGAUGGGAAGAUAGAUCAAGAAGAAUGGACUGCAUAUGCUAAAGAUAAUCCAUAUGUGCUGAGGAAUAUGACCCUUCCCUACCUCAAGGACAUUACUAUGGUAUUCCCAAGCUUUGUGAUGCACUCAGAAAUCAGCGAAACAGACAUGGCUGUCUAACCUGAAAAGUAACUGCAAACUUGCAACGUCUCUGUACAUCCUGAUCUAUAUUUUAAUGAUGAAAGGGCGCACUUGAAUCUUUUCAUCAAGAAAAGGUUUGCAACGCUUCUCCCGUGAAUAGAAACUGUGACUGGUGUAAAUGGUGGAAAUAGGAAACGUGUUUUGUUAUCUUACCAACAAGCAAAAGAGCAAUGUAGCAUCUAACUAAGGCAUUACUGACCAAGCGUACAAUCACACGGCAAUUUGUCCAUUGUUGGCUGAUCUUUCUAUUAUUUCCGCUUUUAAGUUGGACAAUGCUUUUUCUUUUCUUUUUGAUGAGAUGGGUGUUGAACAAGGGUUAGGAAGCUGCAGCCUUGUAGAUCAAGUACUGCAAUUGAAUUCAUGAUCAUCCAAACAAAAAGGGUGUACCACAAAUUGAUGUUUACCUGUUCUCUGACGAAAAAAGGGGUUAUUGCUCUAUGAGAAUAAGCUAAUAUAUGAUUCUUUCAAUUAAACAUUAUGUAACAUUGCUGCAAUAUCUGUGGGUUUUUUAUUUACCUUUUUUUGUAAA